AUGCGCGGCAAGUAUUUUAAACCUAUGCAUGAUAUCAGUAGAUCGAUAUUAUGCGAUCACAAAACCUUUGGAAUACGGUGUAAAAAGAACGCCAAGGCGUAUGCUUUUUUUUGUGUUUUUAUUGUCUGGAUGAGUGCUGCUUUUAUAUCCCUUCCACCUUUAUUGGUUUUGGGAAAUGAAAAAACUGAAACGUCAUGUUCAGUUUCACAAAAUCAGGGUUAUCAGAUAUAUGCUACUUUUGGAUCUUUUUAUUUACCUUUGACUGUAAUGGUGGUCGUGUACUAUAAAAUAUUUAGUGCUGCAAGAAAAAUUGUUAAGGACGAGAGACGCGCUCAAUCACAUUUAGAGACUCAUUGUUAUUUAGAAAUAAAUGUUAAAAACGGUGGAGGCGCUGAAGCUAGACUAUUAGGAAGUCAGCCUACUCCUAUACCGCCUACUCGAGGUUCUACUGCAAGCACAAAUACGACGUGUAGUAUAGAAAAAACGGAAAGUUCAAUAGGAAGAUGCUUUACAGGACAACGAAAAUCAAAUGAAUCGCAAUGUCCUAUGUUAACAGUACAGAAAAUUCCAACAAAACCUAUUCAUACAAUAAAUCGCCCAAACUCUCAAAUGGUUCCCACGCCGGAAAUUAAACUUCCACCUAAUGAAAGACGGAGGCAAUCUUCUGAGAGCAAUAAUAAAUUAUCAACUAGCAGAAUUCGAUCAUCGUUAUCUAGUUUUGCUCAAAAAAGUCACUUUGCCAAAGACUUAUUACAGCAAACUCAUUCACCGCAUCAGAAAAAGUUACGAUUCCAAUUGGCUAAGGAACGUAAAGCCUCAACAACACUCGGAAUCAUUAUGUCAGCUUUUAUUAUUUGCUGGCUACCAUUUUUUGUGUUAGCCCUUAUCAGACCAUUCGUUGCAGAGGAUACUAUCCCCGACGCUGUGAGUGCACUUUUUCUUUGGCUAGGAUAUAUAAAUAGUCUACUUAAUCCAAUUAUAUACGCAACUCUGAACAGAGAUUUCAGAAAGCCUUUCCAAGAAAUACUCUUCUUCAGAUGUUCCAAUUUGAACCAUAUGAUGAGAGAAGAAUUUUACCAUAGCCAGUACGGUGGCCCAGAUCAACAUUACUGUGUAAAUAACUCGUCUAAAGUUCAAAAUUACGAAGAAGGUGUCGAAAUUGUUUCGGCUGUGGACAGGGAGGAAACGAGGGCCUCAGAAAGUUUUCUAUGA